AUGACGUCAGCAGCCGAAAAGAAGCUUAACCUGGAGCGGGCCACAAACUUCAUGCGACAGUACAGAGACCCGCAGUCCCGUGAACUCAAGAAGUUGUCCGCCAACCAGUUCAUGGAGGUCUGGAGUCAUUACGACAAAGACGGCAAUGGGUAUAUAGAAGGGACGGAACUAGAUGGGUUUUUGAGAGAAUUUGUAUCCAGUGCCAACGCAGAAAACGUCAGCCCUGAGGCGGUGUCAGACGCCAUGUUGGUGGAGCUGAAGCAGUGUUUCAUGGAGGCAUACGACGACAACCAAGACGGCAAAAUAGACAUAAGAGAGCUUGCCCAGCUGUUGCCGAUGGAAGAGAACUUCCUAUUGCUCUUCCGUUUCGAUAACCCUCUCGAGUCCAGCGUUGAAUUCAUGAAGAUUUGGCGAGAAUACGACACAGAUGGGAGUGGAUACAUUGAAGCUGAUGAACUAAAGAACUUUCUACGAGAUCUGUUGAAGGAAGCGAAGAAGAUUAAUGAUGUGUCCGAGGAUAAACUCAUUGAGUACACUGACACCAUGCUUCAAGUAUUUGAUGCCAACAAAGAUGGACGACUUAAACUUUCAGAAAUGGCUAAGGACCAAAUUGAACAGGCUAAUGGUGACGCAAAGCGUUUUUGGGGAAUUGUGAAUGAGGCUGCCGGCCGCCCAGUUAGAAAACAACCUUUCCCUGUGCAGGAGUUUGCAGAUUCAAACGACGCUGUCACUCCCGACCAUGUCAAAUCUAUUUCCAAUUCAUUCAACAACUAUUUUGCAUCGGUUGGAGUAGAGCUCGCUACAGCUUUACACCCUGAUGGCCCUCCUCCAGUGUUGGUGGAGGCCGAUCCCAGCCAGGAGUCUGUCUUCCGAUUCCAGCCGGUCACCGGAGAGCAGAUUACUGAGGUCGUCAGGAGUAUUAGAGGAGGUUCUGCACCAGGCCUUGACAAUAUUUCAGCAAAAUUUCUGGCACCGCCAUCCGGCGAGUAUUUGUCAGCGGCUGGCGAAGUUGGACAUGCUCAACUUUUGGUAGCGAGGCAGCGGCGACUAGAGGUCACGUGA